AGUACAGUAAACAUCCAAGCUACAGGAUUUAUUCACUGUAAAAAUCGAGAAGUUGAAGCAAUUUUUUUGCGUUUCUUUGACCCGUGUUAUUUGACCCCAAAUCUCGCUUGGUCAUUGGUGAAAUUAUCAAAAGGCGGAGCAUAAUCUGAAAGAUUUCACUUUUGACUAGAGAAGUUCCGCUGUUAUUAUCAAACAAAAAUGGACUAUUCUAAGCCAGACAGUGCAUGUCUUCUGAUCACAGAAAAUCAUCAGAAAAUGAUUGAUAUUCUUGAAUCCCGUAAAAUCAAAUUAAACGCAGCGUUAUCAUUCUGGAAGAAUGAAGACAUCCAACAACUUGUAACUUUUCUACUCAGGACUAAUGAUGACAGUUUGUUUGUUGAUGUUAUACCUCAUUUAGCAAGCAGUAUUCGUGAAAACAAUGCCAUCGGAAAGAAAGUGACGCUCGGAAUUUGUGUCGAAUUAUUACCUGUUCUACAAAGAUUAUUGAAGACUAAAUUUGAAGAUUAUGUGGUUGCGAGCUUGGACUUUAUGAGGAUAAUGUCUCAGAACUGGUACAUGGAAUUGAGAGAACUAAAACAGAAAGGAGAAGGAGAUAAAAACCAUAGCAUGAGUCUUCCACAAAUAUAUUUGGAAUUGAUAAAUAUGCAAGUAAUCAUAAAGAAACUUUGCAGAAGAACAGGAAAAAUUGGAGACAAAGCAAAGGUCCUAUUUGAUAUUUUGGAACAAUUGACUUGACAACAUUUUCUCAAGGUCACAAACAGACAAACGAAAUUCUGCAAACAAAGAAUGCUAUGAGAACAGCUGCCCAGAGAUUUAUUUCCUAUAUUUCAUAGCUUUGUGAUAUCAUACAGUAUGAAUAUAUUCUUUAUAAUUUACCUUGGUACUGUGAAAAUAAAUAGUUUGCACAUUCUUAGCCGAUAUUAUAGUCUUAAAUUAGAGUGCCUGCUGGUUAGUGCAUCCCAAGGGGGUCCACAAUGCUUGGUGCAAAACUAUUUUUAUAUUUCCUUGACAAGAAAACUCCCUAUU